AUGCUAAUACUAGUGAUCGUGCACUUUGUUACACUGCCAGUGCUUACGUGGAGACCGGUGAGGGGUGACUCCCUGGAGGACAAGGGACAGCCGCUGAUCAGCUCAAGGGUGGUGAGGACUAAGUACGGUGACAUAAGGGGCUUCAUAAUGACGCCGGAGUCGCGGUACCUCGAGCCUGUCGAGGUGUUCAGAGGGGUACCGUAUGCGUCACCACCCGUGGGCUCCUUGAGGUUCAUGCCUCCGGUGUCCGGGGCCCAGUGGUCUGGAGUGAAGAUAGCCGAGGAAUUCGGCCCGGUGUGCCCCCAAGUGCUCCCCGACAUAAGGAACGAGACGGCCGUCCUGAAGAGGAUAUCAAGGGGCAGGCUGGAGUACUUGAAGAGGAUACUGCCCUUCCUCACCAACCAGUCGGAGGACUGCUUGUACCUGAACAUUUACGCGCCCGCCCAAGCAGGUUUGAGAGACGCCGUUUCGAGGUAUCCAGUACUGGUGUUCGUACACGGAGAGAGCUACGAGUGGAGCUCUGGCAACCCUUAUGAUGGCGCGGUGCUGGCAUCUCACGCCGGCUUGGUCGUGGUGACGAUCAACUACAGAUUGGGAAUAUUGGGCUUUCUCAACCCGCGUUCUGACGACUUUCCGAGGUCGCCCGCAAACUACGGGCUCAUGGAUCAGAUAGCUGCCCUCCAUUGGAUCAAAGAGAACGUUGCGGUGUUCGGGGGCGACCCGACCAACGUUACCCUUAUGGGCCACGGGACGGGUGCCGCGUGCGUACACUUCUUGCUGACGUCACUAGCCGUCCCCGAAGGUUUGCUGUUCCACAGGGCGAUUCUGAUGUCUGGCUCCGGUCUCAGCCCAUGGUCUUUGGUCGCAGACCCGAACAAAUACGCGUCGAUAGUCGCGACCAACGCGAACUGUUCUCCAGAAUUGACGCCGCCGGCUCUUCUGAGGUGCUUACGAGAGAGGCCUCUGGAGGUGCUUCUUUCUGCUCCUGUUCCAGCCCCCGACUUCUCUUAUGCCUUUGGCCCAAGCGUAGACGGCGUCGUUAUUGAUACUGGUGAUCUCUUAAUGGGCCCCGAGAACGGUUACGAAUGGGGUGGGCAGGCGAUUGCGCGAGGAACUGGUGUUCAACCGCAUACAGCGGUCAACAUUAUCAAUGCGGUGUUGAUGAGGAAGAGUGCCGUCGCCCAAUUGACUAAGUACGACCUAAUGCUGGGAGUGACAAAAGCGGAGGCAUACUUCGCAUUUAGCGGCGACGACGUUCAGUACGGCAUCGAGGCAGACAGACGCUCUAAGAUCCUGAAGUCCUUCGUAAGGAACACGUACAGCUAUCACCUAUCGGAGAUCUUAGCGACGAUCAUCAAUGAGUACACAGACUGGGAGAAGCCGGUCCAACACCCAAUAAAUAUCAGAGACGAGACGCUGGAAGCGCUCAGCGAUGCCCAGGUGGUCGCGCCCAUAGUGCUGACAGCGGACACGCAUUCCGCCCUCAGACGCAACUCCUAUCUUUACGUGUUCGACUAUCAGACGAAGUACGGCGACUACCCGCAGCGCCAAGGCUGCAUACAUGGCGAGGAGUUGCCAUAUAUCUUCGGCGCACCUCUGGUGGGCGGCCUCGCUCACUUCCCGCGGAAUUAUACGAAAGCCGAGGUGGCGCUGUCAGAGUCCGUGAUGCUGUACUGGGGGAACUUCGCUAAAACCGGGAAUCCGAACGAGGCUCAAGAAAGUGAUCCGAUCAGAGCAGGAAGACAGGAAAGAGUACGAAUGAAGAAUAUGGAGUGGACCGCGUAUGAGGCGGUACAUAAGAAGUACUUGAAUAUUGACAUCAAGUCGAAAUUGAAAAAUCAUUACAGGGCACACAGGCUGUCGUUCUGGCUGAACUUGGUGCCGGAUCUGCACCGACCGGGUGGGGAGGACGUGCCUCCGUCCCAUCACCAGCUCGAGCACGAGGACACCCCUCUGCAGCCCACCAUAAAGACUUUCACGCCGCCCUUCAAGAAGGUCACCGAUUUACUGCUCACGGCGACCGGCGUCGCGACGAAGGUGCCUCUGUUGGCAGUCCUCAACGCCACCUCCCCCUUGAACCUUAACGUCGCCGGUUCGAAUCCCGCGGCGCCGAGCACAGACAUCCGCAAGGCCGACGCGUCGACAUCGGCCCCACCCGAAGACGGCUUCGCGAUGUACUCGACGGCGCUGAGCGUGACCAUAGCGAUUGGCUGCUCGCUGCUCAUACUCAACGUGCUGAUAUUCGCCGGCGUCUACUACCAGAGGGACAAGUCGCGCAUGAGCCAGGACGAGCACACGAACGAGCAUUUGAAGAAGCGCGCGGAGAACGGCCAGAUGCCGAACAACAUUUGCGGCGAGCUGGAGAACGCGCUCACGUACCAGACCAGUUUGAAGGGCGACCCGGCGACGAUCCUCGGCCACCAUCACCACUCGCACCAGCUGCCGCCGCCCGAGUUCGCCGACAGCGUGGCGGGGAUGGCGACCCUGCCCCGCGCCCCGCCGCCCCCCAAGCCGGGCAAGCUGAACACGCUGGGCGGGCUGCAGGAGAGCCGGCCGCCGCUGUCCGCGCACCAGAUGCAGAUGAUCAACACCAACACGCUGACCAAGAAGAACACGCAGCUGAACGCCAAGUCGAGCGUGACGAUGGAGGAGCUGCGCGUG